AUGAACUCGACCACCAUACCACCCAGCGCCAUCUCGGGCCCAGUGGGCUUGCAGAUGCAGCGGCUGGCGCAUACACUCCAGUCCGGUCUCUCACGGUACCGUCCUGAGCUCGAAACGCUCUUUGUCCUCGCCAUGUACUCGCCGUUCCUCGUCCAGACCUUCUCCUACUCUUCUCCAAAACUCACCCGCGCAAGGGGGUUUCCUUACCUCCCCAUGAUUGCCCACAUCUUCUCCGGCCCACUCUAUGUCCUCCGCUAUCACGCCCGAUACGCUGCAUUGCGCGUGUGGCCCAAGCCCGAUCCCACAGAUCUCGUGCUUUUCUCGCUCUUCAACCUAAGCUCGUUCCUCCUGGAAGUCCGCCGCUCCAGAAGCUCCUAUUCGACAGCAAUCAUCAGGUCGGGUUUCCAGGCGGCGAUCUUAAUGCACGCGGUUGUCUUUGCCGCGUCUUGGCUGCGAGGACAGGACCCGGUACUGUUCAGGGCCAGCGUCAAGUUUCUCAACUGGUUCGCCUGGUUCCGGAUCACUGAAAGGACGCUGCCCGUGAUUGAUCCACGACUUCGAAAAAUGGCGAAUUUCGGUACGAAAUUCGAGCUUACCUCGGCCUUGUCUGCGUCUCUGGCCGUGUGGGAGGCCGGAGUCCCUGCUGGCGUUCCAGUCAUACUUGGAAUGAUUGCGACAACCGUGAUGUGUGAGCGUGUGCUUGCAAAGAUACUGAUUCACUAUUCUGAUGACAACCCUCUCAAGAGGCUCGUCUUUGCAUCAGGUUACGUUGACUUUAACUAUAUCAAAGAGCACGAAAGCCAGAGUACCGAUCCAGAGGUGGAACAAGGUGAUGGAACCAAGGUCGAGUUGUAA